AUGUCUGAAUACGCACUAAAUCGCUUAAUCGAAGAGCGUAAGCAAUGGCAACAGCUACCAUUGUACGGUUUUACUGCCCGUCCAACGAAACUGAUUGAUGGCUCCGUGGACUAUAUGACUUGGGAUUGCAUCGUACCGGUCGAGAGAGGAAUGCCACCGACUUGCCUCCGCUAUUGCGUGCAGCUGAGUUUUGACAUCCACUACCCGGCAUCCAUGCCGAAGGUGCUCUUCGAGUAUCCCAUUUUGCACCCGAACGUGGACUGGAUGGGCUACAUGACUAUGCCGGACUUCAACCCGGACAUGCCGAGCACUUCGCUCAGCAUUGAGAAGAUUCUUUUGACCGUGCAGAGCAUGAUUGACAAACCGAACAUGAACGAUUUUACCAAGGAGCAGAUCGAAUACUGGUUUGCUGUCGACCCCGAUUUUUUCCAUGUUGAAAUGGAAAUGAAGGCAGUUGUGAUUGCAGAAGCUGAUUCGUCGACGCCAAACCACAAGCGGGAUGACGAGGACAUGCCGGAACAGAAGAUGAAUCAAAUAUCGGAAUCCAAAAAUAUACUGAUGACACAGAUGCAAAUCAACAAUUGA